ACUAACCCAAUCCAUCUUCCAGCUAACAUGAGGAGCUGCUCAGACAAUCCCUCUCCUGAGGAUGCACAUCUCCCCUCAAAGCCCUCGCUCUCCUAUAUUGCCCUCAUCGCCAAAGUCAUAUUGUCCUCCCCCUCCCGGAAACUCAGCCUGGCGUCCAUCUACGCAGCAAUGGAGGAGCAGUUUCCUCACCUGAAGAGCCGUGGUCCGGGCUGGAAGAACAGUGUCCGGCACAACCUGUCUGUAAAUGACUGCUUUGUGAAGGUGAGUCACUGUGAGGACGGUCGAGGUCAUCACUGGGGUGUCCACCGAGAUUACCUUAGAGACUUUGAGCAAGGGAACUACAAGCAGUACAGGAAGGCCAGAGGAAGGAGGGAGAGGGAGCGAUAUAACAAAGUAAUGGCACAGUAUGUGGUGUGGAUGAAGAGCAGCAGCUUCCUGAGAACGCUCUGUGAGAGUAGAUCUUUGGGUUGGGUGGAGCCAUCAUGCCCUCUGCAGGAACCAUGGAGGUAUCAGAUGAUUCCUUUGGAGUGGACUCAGCCGUGCUAUCUGCCUUUUAGUGUUCACAUUGGCUGGUUACAAAACCCCAGCUGGAUGACACGUCACUGUCCUCCUGACUCAAAUGUGUAGUGUUGCAGCUGGGGCGAUGCACGGCAUUCCACCUCUAAAUUCCAGGCUGCACCAUGAAGACACAAAUAACCCUGACGUGAAAAGAGACACAUGACAGCAGCCUCGUGACAUGACUGUGCACUGCAACACCUUUCAGAAUUUUCCUGGAUACGGCUGUGUCACAUAAAACCACAUUUGCACAAUUUGCACAUCCACCACUGGAGGAGAAAUUAUCAUGUCAGUCAUCAAGGAGACUCUUUCUUUUGAAAAUGAAGGUCUAGUAGUAAAAUGUUGCAGCAAUAAAAUAAAAUAUUCUUGCUGUUGUGACACCUCACUCUUCAAAGAGUUGACAAACCUGUGCUUUACAAAGUCAACCUUUGGUUCAACCACUGCUUUGUCCACAUUGCAAACAAAGAGCGGACAACACGGGAUGUUUACUUUCUCUUCUUCUUCUCACACACACUUCAGAACAGAUACAUACUAGUCCAGUAGGUGGCAGAAAGUUACCUUGGAAACAGAAUCUACAUUUGAAUCAAGUCCUUGAAUCUGAUGUUUGUCCUCACCUGUCAUUUGUGUGGAUGCAUAAAUAAAUACGCAGCUCCUAACCUU